GACUGCCGGCAGGAAGCCUGUCCGUUGGAAGUUGAGGAUGCCUCCCUGAUGCAAGAUGCGCCCGCAAGGUCCUCGGCAGAGGAGGCAGAUCGGAUCGAUGGACCUUGGAGGAAGCAGUGGCGGUGGAAGCAAGGGUGGUGGCACGGGCGGCGGGGCUACUACAGUUACUACAGUGGAGGUUCCACAACAGGGACAACGACCGAGCCGGCACCAGGGCCGCCGCCCCCCCCGCUUUUCUGUGAGGAUGCAGAGCCACAGUCACCACGAGAUCUUACUCCUGGCUUCGUGGGUGGCCUGGAGCCCCGGAUACGUCCCUUGGACGGCGACGCUACUCCACGUUUCAUCCAGGCGAACCUGCACUUCCACCUCGGCGCCGAGCACAGAUCCAACAUCACCAACGGCUACUUCCAGAGCGCCGAGGACGUUGGGCUCUCAACUCCUCUUGUGCGCCCGCAGUCGUCCCCUGACAUUCGUGAAGGCUACUUCUGCGGCCUGGAUGAUGUGAGCAGCGACGAUCGGGACUACUACCCCUUCACGCAUUGCAAGGGCGUCAGUGUGAACUACACCUACGAGUUCCACUGGGUGUACUCCACUGGUGCGCCGCUCAUCGGUCUCCGUGACGAAGGGGACGAGGGUCAGCUGGGUAUCACGGACGGUCUGGGGGGUGCCCUUGCCCGCACCAACAACCCUAAGAUCAUCGUCCGUGGGCAAGUCUGCCGGAUCAUCUACAACAAGAGCCUGGGCAGCCUGGACUCAGCGCUCGUGGACGCAGACUAUGAUAACUUCCUUCAGAAGUGGCGCCAGCCACCGGAGACACGAGGAGUCCGCUACAUCGGCUCCACCACUGGCACGUCCUUCAACAACUCCGUUUGCUCGCCUCUGGAGGUGAGCCGAAACCUCUCCGCCGUGGUGACCUACCCUCUGGCUGUAUCGCCCGUACCAGAGAUCUCGCCAAGCUUGGCAGUGGACCCAAGUCCAGCCGGGCUUGCUGCGACAGGACGAGAGCAAGAUGGGGAGGGAGAAAGAGAGAACGACCGCUGCUGUCAGCUCGGCUACUCCCACGACUCUGUUUCCGGAGACCCAACAGCGGGGGUGGCGGGGACUUGUGAGCGCGAGGACUGCACGCACUGCCAGGUCGAGGAUUCGGCCUUGAUGCAGUUCAAGAACCACGCCAGCUUGCGGCCAUCGAGCUCGCUGCCCCAGUUCAGUCCUUCGCUUUUGAGCAACGCUAGCGAGCCAUCCAACGAGACGGCUCCUGUUUUGCUUUGUGAGGAUGCGGAGCCACAGUCGCCGCGAGAUCUUACUCCUACCUUCAAAGGUGGCCUCCAGGCCCGGGUACGUCCCUUGGACGGCGACGCCACUCCACGUUUCAUCCAGGCGAACCUGCACUUCCACCUCGGCGCCGAGCACAAGAGUGAGAUCCCGAACGGCUACUUCCACGAGGCCGAUGACGUUGGUCUCGCAACUCCUCUGGUGCGCCCGGACCCUUCCAUUCGGGAAGGCUACUUCUGCGGCCUGGAUGAUGUGAGCAGCGACGAUCGGGACUUCUACAACUUCACGUUUUGUAAGGAUGUCAGUGUGAACUACACCUACGAGUUCCAUUGGGUGUUCUCCACUGGUGCGCCGCUCAUCGGUCUCCGUGACGAAGGCGCCGAGGGUCAGCUGGGUAUCACGGACGGUCUGGGGGGUGCCCUGAACCGCACCAACAACCCUAAGAUCAUCGUCCGUGGGCAAGUCUGCCGGAUUAUCUACAACAAGAGCCUGGUGGACGUGGAAGCAGACUACGACAACUUCGUCAACCAGUGGCGCCAGCCUCCCCUGGGGAGGGCAGUGCGAUACAUCGGCUCCACGACGGGCACGGACUUCAAUAACUCGGUCUGUUCACCUCUGGAAGUGAACUGGCAUGUAGACACGGAGUGCUGCACUCUCUCUGCGCAGACCUUCGACAGGCUGUGCGAAGCGAUGGAAGGGCAGGGUCUCUCCAAGGACCUUGCGCCCAAGCCUUCGCGAAUACUUGUCAGUGAGGAGAUCUCGGCAACGGUAGCCUUCCCGCUGUCGCCGUCUCCCGAGCCUGAGUCAGUGGAACUUUGA